AUUUCCACCUUCAUUUACCCCCUCCAAAGGCUCAAACCCUUCCAUUUCUCCUCGAUGCGCACCGGUUCCUUACCAUGAAGUCUGCUUCAAGCAAGCAUUUCUGUUGUACCAUCUGCCAGCGAGGUUUCACGCGCAUUGACCAUCUCAAACGCCAUCACCUCCGACACUCCGGUGUCAAGCCUUACUCAUGCAUUUUUUGCAAUGAGUCGUUCGCGCGCUGUGAUAAUCUCCGCGACCACUAUACGGAUUGCGACAAGCGCGGAGACCAGAAGAUCCCGGAAACGGGGCAGAGGGGCAGGCGACGACAUGCCUGCCAGUCGUGCACGUCAAUGAAGCUGCGAUGCGACGGGCAAAGUCCUUGUGGUUCCUGCCAGAAGAGAAAUCUUCCGUGCAACAAUGAGCGUAAGAAGCAGACCACUGGUCUCGAGCUGGACACAGGCGCAAAAUCGACCAAUCGCGAUGACUAUGUCGGUACCUCCGAUCGCGGAUCGAUCAGCUUUCUCUUGAAUGGUGGCUCCGACAGCUUCACCGAAGAGUUUCGACUCCCUCCUUGCAGCGACCGCAGUCGGGGCAUGAAAUAUCAUACCCAGAUGGGGCUGAAGGAAGCAAGGUCUACCAUGCUCGACUACCAGAUGGAGCUUGAUCAGUUGGAUAUCGCGCCGGCAUUCAUCGAAGCCGAUCCCGCGGCACGGUCCUUUUUCCAUGAUAACUUUCUUGACUUCUUCAACGGUCCGUUCGAGGGCCCACCCAAGUUUAUGGGCACAUCUUCCUAUAGUGCAGGGCCCGAGUUCAGCGCGAGCCUCCCGCAAACCCAAUUUAGCACCACGCAUCCCAGUGAACAGCUGUAUGGACCGGAGCAGCCCUAUGCCGCUGCACUCUCGCAAGCGAUUCUAUCACGAGCCUGGGCCGUUCCCUUGGAUGCUAACGCGAAGCAGCGAUUGGCUGCUAAUGCUAGCUUCUUGUUGACUACCGCGCGCAUCCAGAAGUUUGUGUGGAUGUAUGCCAGAUACUGGCAUCCGAGUUGUGCCAUGGUCCACCUUGCGUCGCUGCAGUUGAAUACCGUUCCGUUGCCUUUAUUGGCAGGAUUGGUAUUCAUGGGUGCCAUGUAUUCGAAUGAUGAACAGGAAACGUAUGCUGCCAAGCAACUGCUGGACUUCGUGGAGCUUUAUAUUUUCUCGACCGAGGUUUUCGCCCCGGAAAGCGAUAUCGCUUCCAUGUUCUGCAAGGGAAGGACCAACCUCCCUCCUGAGGGAGAUGAUUGGGUCCAGUUCCUGAACUUCCAAGCCGGCUUCAUAAUAUGUAUUGUGCAAUACUGGUCAGGCUCUCGCAUGUCGCACAAUCGCGCCAUGGAGAAUCGUUUUAGUGAAAUCACCAAGGUCGCUCGUCGAAUGAACCUUACCAAGUGUCGUCACCAACGCCCCGACGUUACUUCAGAGCAGCAAUGGAUUCAGACGGAGUGUCGCAUCCGAACCAUUUCCAUCAUCUCUCUUCUCGACUGUGCCUUUUGCUUCUUCCAGAACUACCCAUGUCGCUUGUCGCAUGUGGAAAUGGAUUGCGAUUUUCCCUGCCCAGAGGCACUUUUCAAUCUAGAACAUCCAUACACAGACAUAGGAUUUCAUUAUUCUCGAGGCUUCACCAUCAAAGAAGCCUUUCAGAGUCUGUUCGACGGAUCGAACGCCCCAAACAUGUCAUUCCCUCUCUCUCCAGAUUCGUCGACGAAUCCCAGUGGUAUACUUCCAAACAUGAACAUCCUUGACAUGUUCAUACUCAUCCACCUCCUUUACGCCUUCAUAAAUACCUAUAUGACUCUUGCCUCCGUCACGCGUUCCAAUCAGCCCCCAAUCCAGUCCCCGCCCCAACCCAACCAGCUUUCAGAUCCUACAUCGCCCGACAAACCCCGGCCACAGAAUGCGCCGGAAGACUCUGUGCUGGGUUCUAUCCGCCUCGCAUUAGCCCGCUGGCGCGAACACUGGCUAACACUGCAAAGUGCCGUAUCCAACCACGAAUGGGCGUCCAUGGGAUUUUACAAAAACGGCUAUAACUUCUGGCUAGUGUGCCACCUGCUCAUCACUAGGAAGGAAAGCAUGGACGUGGUCAUGCGGCUAGAGGUGAAGUGCGAGGACAAGCUGGAGAAGUUGAAGGUGCUGCUGAACGAUGACAAGGAUUGACCUGAGCCUGGGAGCAAUGCAUGUCUGUAUGGCCUAGAGCACUUGCUUAUGAGAGGAGUUGUGAACCUUAACUGUUUUACUGUAUGUAUUAGUACGGCGUUUGUGGGUUUGCGCUCAUGCUUGGGAGGUGGUUAUGGGAAACUGGGGUGUAGUUCGGAGUUUCGUGGGUUUCCUUUUGCGAGAAUCAUAGGGCUCGGAGGUUUGUAUAGUAGCAGUCUGCUUAGGGAGUUCAUAUAUCUAGG